AUGUCAGAUUUAUCAAAUCCAAACCCAGUUAUAUAUAGUGUAGAAGAUGAUGGUAAUCUCUUUAAUCAACAAGAGAGAUUUACAGAAGACGAGGAUACUGUAGAUGAUUUCGAUGUCUAUGAGAUUUUCGAUCUCGUUCGUGAUAUUACAGACCCUGAACACCCUCUUUCAUUGGAACAAUUGAAUGUAGUCAGACACGAGAACAUCAAGAUUGAAAAGGACAAUAACUUUAUCAGAUUAUACUUUACACCAACCGUACCUCAUUGUUCGAUGGCCAAUAUCAUUGGUUUGUCGAUUAAAGAAAAGUUGGCUCGUUCACUACCUCAAAGAUUUAAAGUAGAUGUUAAAGUAACUCCUGGUAGUCAUUCUUCUGAAUCUUCUGGUAUGUCUAACAACAAAGUUGAUACUUUCUUUAUACUUAUUAUCAUUCAUUCAUUCAUUCAUUGCAAAUUUAUAGUAAACAAACAAUUGGGUGAUAAAGAACGUGUUUCAGCAGCAUUAGAUUCAAAUUCACCAAUUCUUAGUGUUGUAAAUGAAUGUAUAAAGAUUUAA